GCGUCCGAGUCGGCGCCCCGCGGCGUGCGGGAUACGCGUCUGAGCGCGGCGCAGGAGGCGCUGCUGCUCUCUCUGGAGCGGCGGCUGCAGCUCAAGACGCAGGCGGAGACCCACGCGUCGCUCGUGCGCUCGCAGCGGCGGCAGGAGGCGCCCGAGACGCUGCGCGAGUUUGUCGCCCAGCGGGUCGACGCGGCGGCAGAAGGGUCCUCCAGUAAUAAUAAAGCCUCCGUCCAGCUGGACACUUCGUUCGUCCACCUGUCCACCCAGGUGGACACCUGCAUGGCGCAGUGGGACGCCCUGUACGCGCACGCGCACACCUCGCAGGCGCUCGUAGCCGAGAUGGAGGCCAGCCACGUGCAGGUGGCGGCCAAGACGCAGGCGCUGUACCGCAGCUUCGAGGACGUCCUGCAGCAGGUGGAGGCGCUGGACGCGCGCGUGGCCGCCAUCGCCGCCCCCAUGCCGCACUUCACGGCCAUCGACGGCGUCGCGCACGCGCUCGGCUUCGGCGUCAAGUUCGCAGCACCCUCCAGCAGCACCAGCGGAGGAGGAGGCCCGGGCCACGUGCUGAUGGAGCGCGCGGGCGCAGCGAGGGCCUCAUCACCUGCCGUGACGACGGACUCGAGCAAGGCCGUGCAGGUUUUCCAGCACCGGCGCGGCAUCGACCCCACGACGCCGGCGUUCGAGCAGGCGCUGGAGAAGAUCGACGCGUCGGUGGCCUACCUCACGGACCAUUUGGGGUACAAGGACUCGGCGUGCUUCAUUGAGGCCUAUCGGAUGCUGGCGGCCGGGGGCAUCCAGUGUCUCAAGGACUACGCGCUGAGCGGACUGGACGCGGCCAAGGACGCAGUGUGCGAGGCCGUGCAGAAGGAGACCAUGGCGGCGCAGCAGAGCGGCGUGGCGAUUUCGUUGGUGAGCCAGCUGGACGAGACCUCGGCCUACUACGUGAACUUUCAGCUGGUGGCGCCCGCGCUCGCUGCGGUGGCGAAGCAGCUUGAAAGGCUGAACGCUCAGUCGCCGCAGGACAGUGCGGAGAACUUGCGCGUGCUCGGAGAGGUGGCGGACGCCUACGCUACCCAACGGGUGCAGUUGCUGUCGCCUGUGCUGGGCGCGUGGCUAGACGCUGUUUCCCAGACGUCGGAUAUCGUCAACGUGCUCCGCGCAAGUUGUACCCAGUUGCUGAAGGUGUGCGAGGCCGAGUUUCGACUUUUCCUGAAGCUUUUCGGCCACGAUCCGAGCGAUGAGCUCUUCACCUUUUCAGGCGGUGAUAUUGGCCUGGGCGAGGACGAUCAGAGUGAGGAUGACAACGAGAACGCGUUCGAACGCCUGAUCUUCCAGCUGAGUGGGCUGCUGUACAACACCGUGAGGCCUCAGUUUCUAGCUCAGAAGGAUCUGGAAGUUCUGUGUGAGGUCAUUCAGGUUCUGAGGAGCGAGGUGAUCGAGGCAUCUAUUACCCCGCGCGCAGCGCUUGUCGGCUACGCUGAGCCGGUAAUGCAUCGUAUGAUUCAGGACGCGCAGGAACGACUUAUUCUGUGCAUGCAAAAGUACAUCCGCGACGAAAUCGAAGGCUACGUGCCUACUGCUGCUGACCUCGACUACCCGGCUAAGCUGAUAGCAGCAGAGCAGACUGGUGCAUCGCUCUAUGCUACAUGGUACCCGUCGCUUGAGCAUACGUUGAUGUGUCUCUCGAAGGGAUAUCACUUCGUCAAGAUGGAGAUCUUCGAGGAACUGGCGCAGGAUGCGAUUCAAAUUUGUACAGCAUCACUUAAGAUGGCUUCUGCUGACAUCAUGGCAACCCAAGGGGGUCUUCAUGGUUCAUUGUUCCUGGUGAAGCACCUACUCACAUUGCGGGAGCAGAUUACACCGUUCGAGAUUCAGUUCGCGCAGACCAGCAAGGCGCUGGACUUCACGAGCAGCGCAGAUGCGAUGAACGAGCUCCUCGUGGACGCGUCGACGCUAUUUCGAUUCUCGGGACCCAAUGGCAUCGUGGGGCUCUUCACUCGAGGCAUCCCGCAUAUCCAGGAGACGACGGCAGAUGUGAAGAAGGAGCUGGAACAAGAGCUCAAAAAGAGCUGCACAGCCUUCAUUGAGAUCGUGUUGCAGCAGUUGGCCCAGCCUUUGCUCGCACUGAUGAAGCAGAUCGCCCAUGUGCAACAGACGCAAAAGGCGACAGCUCUCGACUUCCGACAAUGCGCGUUCACAGCACCCGCCGAAGUCAAUACCGUGCUCGCGAGCGUCUCGCAUCAACUGCGCGAAACGUUACCGGAAAUCCUGCAAACUAUUCACUUGUACCUACGCAAUUCAUCCACGGAGACGAUCCUGUUCAAGCCCGUGCAGCGCAACUUGUUGGACGCCGUAGACAACCUUAACUCGCUGAUGGAGCAAACGUACACCCGCGAAGAGAUCCAGCCGUGCGAAGAGGUCUUCGUCAUUGUGCUUCAACAAUUGCGAGCACUU